AUUUUUUUAUUUGUUCAUGAUCAAAGAUAAAUCACCAAUUUAAAAAGGAAACUAUAUAAUUUAAAAAGAUAAACUUAUAGGAAAAGGAAGACAUUCUCUCAUUUACGAUUGUGUAUAUGAACUUAAUAAAUCAAUUCCUGUUUGUGCUAAAAUAUUAAAUAAUACUACAUUACCAAGAUCAUUAAAAAUAGAAAAACUGAAAAAUAUUAAUAACAUAAAUCUCUUAAAAUAUUAUGAUUUUUUUGAACAUGAUAAAGAUGUAAUCAUAAUAAUGGAAAAAUGUGAUUUUAGUUUAAAAACAUAAGUCGAGAAAAAACCACUAUCAGAAUAAGAUACUUAUUAAUUUUUGAGUUAAUUCUUAGAAGGAUAUUAAACAUUAAUUGAUGCUGAUCUAGAUUUAAGAGAACUUAAACCAGCAAAUAUUUUAGUUAAAAAUAAUAUCUAUAAAGUAUAUGUUAUUCUAUUUUGAUAAGUUAACAAAUUUUGGUAUAUCAUAGUUGUACAAAUAAUUAGAUAGAGAAAACAGAGCAUUCUCUGCACCAGAAAUAUUUUAUGAGAAAGAAUAAUCUAGAACUAAAGAUAUUUUUUCAGUAUUUAUUUUUUUAAAUUAAUCAGCUAGGUUUAGUAUUACAUUUUAGUUUUUUUAAUUAAUUACCUUAUAUAUAUAGAACAGCACUAGAUCAAAUAUAAUUUUUUAGAUAAAUUAAAGAAACGGAAUUUGAAAUGAAAAGAGAGGUAGGAUUAAAAUAAUAUUUAAAUAGGCCCCUGAAAGAGUUCAAUAAUUGUUGUAGUCAAUGAUAAUCUAUGAUGCUUCAAAAAGAAUUAAAUUUGAAGAAAUAAAAAUGAAAUUAAUCAAUGAAAACUAUGUCAUUUGA